AUGCACUUGGUUAAAACGUCAUUGAGAAUUAUCAUCUGUUUAUUCGAAUUCUCUAAUAUUAAAUGUAUUCCCCUUAACAAAGAAUUUGCCGACUUCGAUUAUUGUUACCUAAAGUCCGUAAAUCGUUCCUAUAAGUAUAUGUCAUUAAAAGUGAAACUCUUUAAAGUGCCUAUAACUUAUGUAUCGGUCAUCUGUUUAUUCGAAUUCACAAAUAUUAAGUGUAUGCCCAUUGAUAAGGAAUUUGCUGACUUCGAUUAUUGCUACCUAAAGUCAGUAAAUCGUUCCUAUAAGUAUUUGUCAUUAAAGGUGAAACUCUUCAAAGUGCCUAUAACUAAUGUUACGAUACGUUAUGCAUUAUUAAAAAAAGAGAGCGGUUAUAAACCUUUUUUGUAUAAUAUAUCUCUAGAUGCUUGUGAAUUUGUUAAAUCACAGAAAAAUCCAGUUUCGAAAUACUUUCACAGCUUAUUUCGAGAACAUUCUAACAUGAAUCACACGUGUCCUUAUGAUCACGAUUUAUUUGUGGAGAAAUUGGAUACGAAGUUCUUGAAUUCUAGAUUUUCAGUCUUACCAUUUCCGAGUGGAGAAUACGCCGUUUAUUCAACGUGGAUUGCUUAUAAUAUUCCUCGAGCCGAUGUUUAUAUUUAUGUCAUCUGUUUGUUCGAAUUCACAAAUAUUAAGUGUAUGCCGCUUGAUAAGGAAUUUGCCGACUUCGAUUAUUGCUACCUAAAGUCAGUAAAUCGUUCCUAUAAAUAUAUGUCAUUAAAGGUAAAACUCUUCAAAGUGCCUAUAACUAGUGUUACGGUCAUCUGUUUAUUCGAAUUCACAAAUAUCAAGUGUAUGCCCAUUGAUAAGGAAUUUGCCGACUUCGAUUAUUGCUACCUAAAGUCAGUAAAUCGUUCCUAUAAGUAUUUGUCAUUAAAGGUGAAACUCUUCAAAGUGCCUAUAACUAAUGUUACGAUACGUUAUGCCGUCUUAAAGAAAUUGAGCGGUUAUAAACCAUUUUUGUAUAAUAUAUCGUUCAAUGGUUGCGAUUUUUUUAAAUCACCUAAAAAUCCAGUUACGAAAUACUUUCACAGCUUUUUUCGAGAACAUUCUAACAUGAAUCACACGUGUCCUUAUGAUCACGAUUUAAUUGUGGAGAAAUUGAAUACGAACUUCUUGAAUUCUAGAUUUUUAGUCUUACCAUUUCCGAGUGGAGAAUACGCUCUUUAUACAACGUGGAUUGCUUACAAUAUUCCUCGAGCCGAUGUUUAUGAAAUCAAUACUAACAUCACAGAUAUAAUGCGUGGCUCGGAUUUACGCGUUUCGGAUUACGCAUGGGAAAUUCACAAAGUCACGCAAAAUAAAUGCGUUAUCAUGUAA